CUCUCUCUACCUGUGGAAGCUGGGUUUUCAACAAGAGGGAGAGGGAGAGAAAGGGGAGGAGAGUGAGCAAGAGAGACAGAAAGCUUAUUUUGUAUUGACAGAUCAGUCAGUUUUGGGGUGUAGAGGUACUUUUAUUGUUGAAUAUCCUGUGGUUUCCUGUCAAUGGGAAGUGCCAAAAGACUCCUUUUCCCGAGUAGAAGAGUUAAGGACCUCACUGAAGCCACCCCAAAACAUCUGGAGGAGCAGAGGAUAAGUUAAGGAGCCUGAAGAGAAAUGAGCAGAAAAGAGAAGACCAGAAAGGAGGGAUGUCUGAUAUGUAAACAGAGUUGCCCUGGAUACCAGCAACACCUCUGGAGGAAGGUGUGUGGGUGCGGCUGUAGUUGGGCAGACCACACCCCCAGCUGUGAUGCUGAGGACGACCAGCGAAUGGGACGCCUGCUGGCCGACUCGCCCUGCUCUCAUUUGACGACCAAGGUGAAAGGGGGCGGCGGCCUGCGUGUGUACAAGAGGAACCGGAUGAUUGUGACCAAUCCCGAUGCAACACGCAAAGACCCCACCUUCGAGACCACCACCUACACCUGGUGCCCUGCGGGAGUCAGCCAGACCCUGGCCCUCCAGUACAUGACGUUGUUCCCAGAGGCACUAGGGGCCCAGUGGGGAGAGGAGGGCUCCCUGGCCCGCAGGAGGCGCCUCCAGGUUCAGCUCCCCCCCUACGACGUGGACCCCAUGCUCUGCAAGGGCCUGCUCUCCGACCAAGAGAUCUCCACCAUGCUGCUGUUUGUCAGGGGCUACAAACAGGAAGUCCUCGGGGUGGGGGAGGUGGCCUUGGCUGGAGGGGCCGACACUCUGGUGGAAGCUGCCACUCAGCGAGGGGCAAAGGAGGCCAAGGAGAAGGAGAGCAGCGAUGGGAUGGCUGAAGAAACUCAACAUGUGUGUGCUGGGUGUGGUGAGGGGGUUGCAGCCGACAGCCCAGCUGUUUUUGCCGAGCGUGCCGGUUACCAUAGCAACCUGUGGCACCCUACCUGCUUCUGCUGCUCAGAGUGUUGUCAGGGGCUGGUGGAUCUGGUGUACUUCUGGUCCAACGACAAGCUGCUCUGUGGUCGACACUUCUGUCAGACAAAAUGGCCACGCUGCUCUGGGUGUGACGAGUUGAUCUUCAGUCCGUCAUUCCGGACGGGGUCAGACGGACGGACAUUUCAUCACCAUCACUACUGCUGCUGGCGCUGUGGAACCGACCUGGACACACCCUGUGCCUGCUAGAUCCUAGAUACUCCCUGUUAGAUCCCUGACGUACCCCAACACCUUGAACCCCUAGAUACUCCCUGUUAGAACCCUGACACACACCCUAUUAGAGCCUAAACACACCCUAUUAGAGCCUAAAUACACCCUAUUAGAGCCUAAACACACCCUAUUAGAGCCUAAAUACACCCUAUUAGAGCCUAAACACACCCUAUUAGAGCAUAAAAACACCCUAUUAGAGCCUAAAUACACCCUAUUAGAGCCUAAACACACCCUGUUGCAACAAAUGAAGAGAAUAACAACAUGGAUGCAGUACCAGGGGUGUACUGAAGGAGCCCUACAUGGAGGAACAUCUCGUUUUCAACAUUCUCCAAGUGCAAAUAUCAGGCUGCGUUCGUAUCGGUUCACUUAUUCCUAAACGCUGGGCUCGUCAUGCGUUCUUGUUCAUUUGGCAGGCUGAACCUGGCAACCCCGCGUGAGCUUCAAGUCUGGGAGUAGAGGGCGGGCAGAUACAACUCUCCAAUAUGGAAUAUGGCCAGGACCACACUUCCCAUUUUAAGGGCUGGGUGUCAAUGUCAGAUAUUUCUCCUGGAAGUGCCCUAUAUAGGGAUAUAGUGCAAUACUCAAUACACUACAACAUGCCCUAAAUAGUUUACUAUAUAGGGCACAAGUGGACCGAUUGGGGCAAAGCCAGGGUUUGUAUUAGCGUAAUUUUGUCCAAGUACUCUCUCCCUUUCUACUGUUCUCCUUUCCCAUCUGUACCUCUCCUAUCCUCCUGAUUAUUUCGGAAGUACAUUUAAGAGUUAAUGUUAAAUUGUUGUUUUAUGUGGUACUAAUUCUAGCUGUUAUCAGCAUAGUGUUGUGUGGAAAACUGCAAUACUGGAAUAUUUUGGUUUUGUUUUGUAAAUAACAUUAGGCACCAGUGAUGUCAGAACAUCCUUGCUAUUAAUAAGUGUCCCCUUAUAUUCUCACUGUUGAUUCUCUUCAGAUAUAAAACCUUUCAAAGAAAAAUGACUGUCUGGCUUAUUGACUGACCUACAUGCUGGCUGACUCUUAUUUUAAAACCUGACUCAGUCUGUAGGAAUGUUUGAAAGAUUUCAGUGAUCAAAAUAUUUUCACAAAAUAUCUGAAUUACCCCAGACAUCAGAAGUUACCAGUAACAAACUCUGGUUGUAUAGAGCAGCUCCCACUGUAGCCAGCAGCAGACUGGUUAUACUGGGCAGCUCCCAAUAUAACCAGUAUCAGUCACCAUUCAUUGUACCAGUUGCAGACUGAAUGUACUCGGCACCUCCAAGUAAAGCCAGUAUAACCUGUAACAGACUGGUUUUACGGCACAAUAUAACCAGUAGAAAACUAGUUGUAAUGUGCAGCUCCCAGCAUAGGUAAUAGCAGACUGUGGUUAUACUCGCCAGCUACCAGUAUAACCAUUAGCAGGCUGUGUUGGGUACUAGGCAGCUCCCAGUAAAACCAGUAGCAGACGGUUAGACCGGGCAGCUCCCAGUAGAACCAGUCUGUAGUGGUAGUCAGUGCCCUCUCUUGGCAGCUUUACAUCAAGGCAAGCCACUGAUGUUCAACCAGAAGGAAUCAAGUCCCAUUGUGACAGCGUUUAUUCAUAACAAUUGCAGAUUUUGACCAUUUGUGUAUUGAAUGUUAUCUUUAUGUUAAUCACUUAAAAUCCAGCAUCUUUUGGCCUGGGCCUGGCUAAAUUCCAAAUGUUUUAUCUAGCCCUAGAUCUAAAUCAAAGAGUGGAUUAAUUCAUCCGUCAUUCCAACCAGACAUUUAAGCCCUCAAAUAUUUUUGGGUCCUCAGUGUCAUCCAAGAGGAAGAUGAACUUCACACUACUUGGCAUGCACAGAUUUUGUUUGAGAGCAAGAGAGAAAGAUUACAGGGCACUACACUGCAUGAACCAUCGGAAAAUUGUGCGAGUGUGUGAAAAUUGUAUAUUUCAAGAAACCAAUGUAAACAUUAAUACAUUUAAUGUUUCCCUUUUCUGGUACUGUAGCAUGUAAAUAAUUGUUUUACUGGUAGCAGCCCUGAAGUAUUCUGCUUCUACUCAAUAAUAACCAAUAGUUGUUAAUAGUAAUAUAUGGGUUAAACCCUUGAUGUCCCAAAAUCAAACACCAGGAAGUAUCAAUACACAUAAUUAAGUGGAAAGUUUUGUUUCAACAUGAAUAAAUGUUAAACACUGCAUUUUCAUUGCAUAACUUUUUUUACUUAUUAUCCAGAUUGGAAUACAACGGUUGGCAAGA